AUGUCCAUGGCAAGGGACCAAACAGCAUCCACAAGUCCCAAAGGGACAAGACGGCCAACCACGAACCCCAAGACUGCGGGCGGGGAAGCGGGGGCGGAACCAGGGCGGGCAGAGACGACAAACCCAGGCACCGAAGCCAAAACCGGGGUCGAAAAGAGAGCGGGCGCCACAAAGAAAGGCCAGGAAACCGCAAGCCAAACCCCAAAACGACAAGGGGAGCGAAGCCACGAAACCAAGGCGCCGAGAAAGACCGACGGACACCCUGUAACAGCCCCCCAGGCGGGGAGGGCAAGACCGAGACACACCGCAGGCGCAGAAGAGCGAACGCACCACGGGGGGAAAAACACACCGUACUCCUCGCCGGAGGAGCACAGCACACCGAACACCCACGCACCAGCCGAAAACAAAAAACCGAGGCCAGGAGGGAGGGAAGAGACAAACCGAGGCACCGCAAGAGACGGGAGGCACCAAGGACGCGAAGGGAGGCGGCAAAACGACCACCAAACAGGCAGACAGGCUCCCCAGGUAGCAGGAGCCAAACCAGACAGACCCCCAGGCGCAAAAGGGAGGCGCACACCGGGCAAACACACAACCAACCAGCCAGAAAACCGAGGCAAGGCAGGCAGAGAAAGAUGGGAGGGAGGGAGAAAGCGCAGGGUGCCAGAGCAGGUGACGCCCCUUGCAACCAACCCCCAGAAGGAACAGGAACAGGAACAGGUGGGAGACCAAGGCAGCCGAGAAGACGGACAGCCACCGAGGCAGAGCAGGGCAGGGCAGGGCAGAGACGAGGGCCGAAAGACCCCAGCGGAGAGACCGCCACCGAAAACCCGCAACCCAGAAGACGAAGGGCCGCAGGCAGAAAAGCGUGUACGGCGCACAGAGCGCCACCGAGACGGGACCAGCAGCGAGACGAGGCCGGCGGACGGACAGGACGGUACCCAAAGAGGGCAGGCACCGCAGCAGAAAGAGGACCCCGAGGUUGCGGGGCAAGACCAGGCCUGCAUGCCAAAGAGGCACGGCACACAGGCACACGGCGACCAGAACGACGAAGGCCACCGCAAAGCUCCCCAAAAGGAAGCCAAAAACCGCACCAAGGCGCCCGAAACGACCAACGGGCACCCCAGCACACACAACACAAAACCUAGUCGACGAUUGCCUAUAUGCCCGAGAUCUUCACCCGCGGGCAGCCAAGGACUUUCAGCUGCUGACCUUCCCCCCUCCUCCACGAGAUGUCCGAGGUCCCCACUUGGCGCCGGUUUCCCAAGCGUAGUGGGUCCCACUUGA